UAAGAUCUUUUUGCGUAUACGUGAAGACGGAAAUACCGAUGAACGCUGGUCUUGGCAGCACGACAUCGUUCGCGGUAUGUGUCGCGGCAUGCUUUCUACAUUGGUCGCGUCUACAGAGAGUAACAUAGCUGCAAGGUGUCAAUUGCUUAACUACUUAGCUUACAAUAGAUCCUCUUUAUUAACGCCAGAAAAGAGAAUUCUUUUGAUCGAUUCGACUGUUUGCCAGAAUAAGUACAAACAAAUAGAAUAUGUGGCACAAAUAAAACAUUUUCAUCCCGAGAUUAUCGAUCGCUAUUUGGCUGCAAUAGAUGAAAUAUCAAAUAAUAUUUCAACAAAGUUAGCAUUAGAUGAUCAGUUCGAUAUAUUACAGAAUUACAUUCAAAUGAAUCAACAUGUGCUAUCUGAGUUAAAUUUGUCGAAUGAAAAAUUGAAUGAUAUUUCCGAUAUUGCAUACGUUUAUGGUUACGUGGGAAAACUUACAGGUAUUGGUGAAAGGAAAUUUGCAUAUAUUUUGCUACGACCGGGUAUUUCAGAAGAAGAAAUUGGUAAUAUUUCCGCACACCUAGAGUCCAAUUUUCCUGUUACGAUAACUAGCAUAAGUUGUGACGAAAUAAGAAUUGAGGAUUAA